GUAUGGUAUAUUAGUGGAUCCAAUUCAAAUAAUCUCGCUGUUCCUGAAGGAUCCCUACAGUUGGCCUGCUUUGUGCCUUAUAAUUGUCUCGAAUACUUUUGUAAUUGUGACACUGCACAUUGAAAGGAAAAUGGCUGUGGGUGUUUUAUCUGAGCGUUUUGGGUUGGUUUUGCACACAGUUAACCUGAUCGCCAUUCUAUCCUUCCCUGCAGCUGUGGUUUUAACAGUUGACUCAAUGACCCCAGGUGAGCACAGUGGAUGGCAGUUAGGGGAAAGAGGGUCAACGUACCUCCAUUAUAGAAGACACUAACUGUAGCUUUGAUUCUAUGGAGAAGCCCUGUUAUUUGGAAAAUUAUUUGGUUACAAACCAGCAAAAGCUUUCGGGAUCAUCUAGUGCAGUAAAAAUUCUGGCCUGCAUUUAGGUUAUGCCGAGGAUGGCAGCUAGUCUUAAAUGUCUGUUUAAUUACCUGAGAGUCUAUUCAGUUAUAGAACAG